AUGACUCAACCAAACCUUACCUACAUACCACUUGUCUUGGCAACACACAAGAACUGUGUCACCGCCACGAGCAUGCCCUCGUCUUCCUCUCGCCACUCCUCCUCAAAACCCCUCAUCUCUACAAAUUCAAGCAAAGCCGCAGCCUUCCAACUCACCACCGCCCACCAAGCCUCUCACAACCGCCAGCGCAGCAUGGGUGACGCGGCCAUCGCCGUCAUGGAGGAGGAGGGGGAGCAGGAGCACAUCUUUCGGAGCAGGUUCCCGCCAGUGGCCGUGCCGGAUGGCGUCACCGUGCCGGACUUCGUGCUGGCGGGCGCAGAGGCCUACGCCGACAAGGUCGCCCUUGUGGAGGCCGCUCCCGGCGGCCGGUCCUACACCUACGGCGAGGUGGCCCGUGACGUCGCGCGGUUCGCCAGGGCUCUGCGAUCCGUGGGCAUCCGGAAGGGCCACGUCGUGGUGGUCGCGCUCCCGAACCUCGCCGUCUACCCCGUGGUGUCCCUCGGUGUGAUGGCCGCCGGGGCGGUCUUCUCCGGCGUGAACCCCCGCUCCCUCGCCGCCGAGAUCAGGAAACAGGUGGAGGACUCCGAGGCCAGGCUUGUGGUCGCCAACGAGGUCGCUUACGACAAGGUGAAGGACGUGGGCGUGCCGGUCAUCGGUAUCGGCGAACAGGGGCUCAUGGCCGGCGCGAUAAGCUGGGACGAGCUCCUCGGCGCGGCGGACCGCACCGGUCCGCCGGUGGUUCCGCUGGAACCGGUGCAGCAGUCCGACCUGUGCGCGCUGCCGUACUCGUCCGGCACAACCGGGGUCUCCAAAGGCGUGAUGCUGAGCCACCGCAACCUGGUGUCCAACCUCUGCUCGUCGAUGUUCGCCGUCGGGACGGAGCUGCUGGGUCAGGUGGUGACGCUGGGGCUCAUGCCGUUCUUCCACAUCUACGGCAUCACCGGCAUCUGCUGCGCGACUCUGCGGCACAAGGGCACGGUGGUGGUGAUGGACCGGUUCGACCUGCGGACGUUCCUGGGCGCGCUGGUUGCGCACCGGGUGAUGUUCGCGCCCUUGGUGCCGCCGGUGAUGCUGGCCAUGGUCAAGAACCCCAUCGCCGACGAGUUCGACCUAUCCGGACUGGCCCUCAAGUCCGUGAUGACCGCGGCGGCGCCGCUCGCACCGGACCUCCUGGCGGCCUUCCAGAGGAAGUUCCCCGGCGUGCAGGUGGAGGAGGCGUACGGGCUGACCGAGCACAGCUGCAUCACGCUGACGCACGCCGGCGACGACCCGGAGAAGGGGCACAUCGCCAAGAGGAACUCGGUGGGAUUCAUCCUGCCCAACCUGGAGGUGAAGUUCGUGGACCCCGACACCGGGCGGUCCCUGGCAAAGAACACGCCGGGGGAGCUGUGCGUCCGGAGCCAGUGCGUGAUGCAGGGCUACUACAGGAAGAAAGAGGAGACGGAGCGCACCAUCGACGCCAAGGGCUGGCUGCACACCGGGGACAUCGGCUACAUCGACGACGACGGCGACGUCUUCAUCGUCGACCGGAUCAAGGAGCUCAUCAAGUACAAGGGUUUUCAGGUUGCUCCUGCGGAGCUGGAGGCCAUACUCCUGUCCCAUCCUUCCGUCGAAGAUGCAGCCGUCUUCGGACUGCCGGACGAGGAGGCUGGUGAGAUCCCGGUAUCGUGCGUGGUGCGGCGGAGUGGCGCGGCGGAGAGCGAGGCAGACAUCAUGGCGUACGUGGCGUCGCGCGUGGCCUCGUACAAGAAGCUCCGGAUGCUGCACCUCGUGGACGCCAUCCCCAAGUCGGUUUCCGGCAAGAUCCUGCGGAGGCAACUCAGGGACGAGUUCAUCAACAUGAUCAAACCAGCAGCUGCUUAA